GAUAUAUGCAAGGUAAAAACUAUGAAUGAUGAUGGUUUUGAAGUCUCAUCUUAUUAUUCCUUCUUGAAAAGGUUGCGUCAAGAAGGAUAUCUGUUUUGAAAUAUUCCCACUACUUUUUUUUCAAGAUUCAUAGUACUCCCUCCACCCCUCAAAGAACUCUCUAUCUCAUUCUUCAUAUGUUCCAAAACUAUUUUCUUCUUUCUUUUCAUGGAAAGAAUUGUAUGGUUGAUAUUUUCUUUCCUUUCUAAAUAAAUCUCAGCCACAAAAUUUCAUUUUUAAUAAGUUUUCCAGAACAGAAUAUGGAGUUCAAGAUGCUGAUCCCAAUGUAGUUGGGAUUAAGAUUUUGCAUUUUCUACUGAGACUGUGAUUCUAGGUGAUGGAGGGGGCAAAUUUUUGUACCAAAGUGAUAAUACAGUAAAUGCCAUGACCAAUCAAGAUGGUGCCCCUGCAGCGUUAGCUCUUGUAUUUGCAAACGACAGAAAUAAGCCUCCUGGUUUGGGGGACACUCAAUUUCAUUUUUUGUUUUCCAAUGGUAUUUGCCCUUAUGGACCAACAUACAAAGCUCGUUCCGUAAGAGAGAGAGAGACUGAUGAUACCACUUGGUUAACUGCUAAUAGGAUAGCACAUAAAGAGAACCUUGACGGUCAUGCUCUCAUAGAGCAUAUCAUGCAUGAGGUAGGAGAUAAUUUCGAAGGCCAAGCUCUAUAUAUUGGAGUUAUGAAAAAGAGAAAAUGCUCCAUUGGGGCGGAAAAAGUGAAAUGGAUCACUUUCCAGGAAUUUCAUGAGGUCUUGAGAGGGGAUGAGGAGUACUUAUAUGUCAAUGAUCUUGGCAUAAAAAAUGGAGACACGUUUCGUUUCUACCUGUCGAAUUCAGAUACUGCGCUCUCUUCCUGCCAGACUGUCUCUGAAAAGCUCAGACGUCUGAAGCAUGAAUUCGAAGACCACACAAGUCGUGGUGGUGGUGUCUUCAACAGAGACAAAAAGACAAUCUUAUGUGGCCUUACUUUCACUUGCUGUGGUCGCGGCGAGUCAUUCUUUGGACGCGCAAAAGUUGACAGUUUGCCACUUCUGGAUAACUUCCCCGGGGUCCCUAUUGCCGGGAUUUUUUGUGCAGGAGAAAUUGCUCGUGUUGGUUUAAGCUCCUCUUACCCGGAGGAGAACCGAGCUGCCGCCACCGUCCGCUGUUGUUUCCAUGUGUUCAGCACCUCCUACCUCGUCGUCUCGUACACCCCACCUGCACUGCCACAUCGUUGAAAUCUGCCCCCCUCCGUCCCAUAAAAGGGCACACAUUUUGACUUGGCACGGGUUAUCAAUAAAAUGAAAAUUUUGUGCUUGAGAUUUAUACAGAAGAGAGAAAUGAUAUGAAACACAAUCUUUCUUUGAAAAAAAGGAACAAAAACCUUUUUAUGAGAGGGAAGAAGUAUUUAUGUAGUGUUGUAUAUUCAAUUGUAAUGGCUAAUGGUGUUGAGUUUGUUUAGAUUUGGUGGCGAUACUUUUUUGAAACUACAAAGCUAUUACCAAG